AGUCAUUUCCUGUGUAACUUCGCUCAGUACGAUUCGAACAAUAAUACUGAACAAAGCUAAAGAAUACUUAAAAUAAAUAAAAGACUUUCACAAAAUGGCUAAACAGUUAAUACAUAUACUCUUUUAGUUUAACAACAAAUAAUAGGAAGUACGGUCUGAACAAAACAUGUGGUUUUUCGGGCACAAAAGAGUUCUAUUCGGCUGGUCAACACUUUUCACAAUUUCACUGUUGAUGCAACUGGUUGCAUGCGGACCAGCAAAAACGUGCCCAAUUUAUUGCAACUGUUAUUCAUUGGAUAACCUCAAUCAUGCGGACUGCAGUGGAAAACGAUUGAUAAGUCCAAAUUCUGGGGUGCCAUUUGAAGUUCAAUCGUUAAAUUUAAGCUACAACGAUAUCACUAUUUUAGAUAAUAAUUCCUUUGAGGGCUAUGUCUAUCUACUAAACAUAACCAUCGCUCACAAUGCUAUACACACCAUCUUUCUGGAUGUGUUUACUCCACUGAAGCGCAUACGCGUCAUUGAUCUCUCGCAUAACCGUCUUGAAACCAUCGAUCCAAGACUUUUCGAAUCGAAUAGUAGAUUACAUACACUCAACUUGGCUGGCAACAAAUUCAUGUCGGUGCCCGACGAGCCGCUGCUACACAGCAAGUCCCUCCGCAAACUCAAUUUGGCCGAUGCGCAAAUAAAUGUGCUGCUGCCUGAGCACUACCGUGGAUUGCCGCAGCUGCAGGAGCUCGAUUUGACGCACAAUCUCAUCAUCACCAUCGACCAGUUUGCGGCCCAACCACCAAAGCGAAUGAUUGUACUUAACUUGGAUGAAAAUAAUUUAAACUGCGAUCAAACGCUGCAAAAAUCAAUGCAACAGCUGAAGGCGCGAAACGUUGAAGUCGGCUACAGUUACUGUCAAGCAGCUGAUACAGAUCACGUUGAUGAAGUUCCAACAAAAUUUGAGCGCAUCGAGCUCAUGGAGCAUUUCGAGGAGAGGAGAGCUGAGGUGGGAAUUGCGGCAGGUGACGUCGGCGAUUCACAAGAGGACUUUGACGAUAACAUUCGCAGCGGAGUUCUUAUAGGCUGGCACUUUCCAGUUACAUCAGUUGAUGAUACCGAUGACUACACCGAUUUUGAUGUCGCGGAGAAUGAGGAGAGUGGGGGAGUACUUUCUGACAAGUGUAACGAUAAAACCACGAACGAAACAUGUCGUCAUUGGUGUAACCACUAUGGGAAUAAGUCAUUUACGAAGCAUACUUUCAACGAUGCAAUAGAUUUCAACGCGAAGCUCUACAGUGACUUUGAUUUACUGUUUGUUUUCAUUUGCGGCAUUGCGGUCGGCAUUGCACUGACCAUCUUUAUUGGCAGCUGUAUCAUCUGCAUUUGGCGUUGUUCUUCUUUAAGAUCCAGACCCGUGCAAGUUGAAGAUCCUUAUGAUACUCCCUACGCUGUAGUACCACAAUCCCGUCUACCAUCAAUUCCAACUCAACCACCGACUUCACAUGCAGCAGUAGAUGCAAUUAGGGGACUAUCGGCAAGAGAAGAUGAGCCAAGUCAAGAGCUAAUACCAGUUAUAUAUCCACAUCCUCCACGCCGACGUCAGCGUCGAACUCCAUCCAUACAACGUGCAGUGGUGCGCCGUGAUCAACUUGCGCGUCCUGGUAGCGAUAAUUUCAUUUCGCGUCUCUUCGGCAGGCCAGCGCGUCACCAAUAUUAUCGUACCAUCAAUGAGAACACAGCGACUUUAAUACGUCGCUUGAGUCGCAGCAAUCUUUUCAAUAAUCGCCUGAGUCAACAUUUUGGUGAGCGUGAUCGUGAUCGAGAACGCAACACCGCAAGCUCUGCGCCGAACACACCACCAGAUAGUCCGAAUGGCGCCAGUACGUCGAAUUUGGAUAACGAGUUGGAUAGUUUAGCCACAUCGACAAGAACGCCUCAUCGACGACGCCCGGAGACUCCACCUCCUUUGUAUAGUGAAAUAGUUGCGAAAGAUUGUGAUCGUAUUAAUUAAAUGUUCAAUGAACGACUGAUUUAUUUAUAGCUCUUAAACUUAUUAAGCAGUUAUAGCCAGUAUGCCCACUAAAAUAUACUUAAAUAACCCUAGUAAACUGUCAACUCAA